UGGAUCAAGCUCAGAAUAGCUUACAAUUGCAAUAAACUGGAUUACGUUUUAUCUCAUGUUUUAUAGAGCCCAACUUAGACCACAAUCCGGCCCAAUUGUAUGCUAUAUUGUACCGUUGCUGUUCUUGAUUGUUAUAUGGUGAAAACUUAAAACCGUUGCUUUUGUUGGUGAUGAAUGAGGCCACUGCACUCACGCAUUGAGAGCUGGCUCUGUGCUCUGUUCAAAGUUUCGAUAACCCAUUGUCGAGCAAUCAAACUAGGCGACAUUGCAGACGUCUACACUGCCAACAAUAUUCUGAGUGGAUAUACAAAAUGCAGAGAGUUAUGCAUUGCUCACAAACUGUUCGAGGGAAUGCCUCAAAGAGACACCGCCUCUUGGAAUACAAUGAUCGCUGGGUAUGUAAACUGUGGGAACUUCGAGACUGCGUGGGAGAUUCUAAGAACUAUGAAGAGACGUGGGUUUGAUGAUUUUGAUGGGUAUACUUUUGGAAGCAUACUUAAGGGAAUUGCUUGUGCUUAUAGGUUUGAUCUUGGGCAACAAGUGCAUUCCAUGAUUGUCAAGAUGGGUUAUGUUGGAAAUGUUUAUUCCAGUAGUGCUCUUCUGGACAUGUAUGCAAAGUGUGAGAGAGUUGAGGAUGCAUAUGUGGUGUUUCAGUGCAUACCGGAGCGAAACUCUGUCACGUGGAAUGCGCUGAUUGCUGGUUAUGUUCAAGUGGGUGAUCGUGGGACUGCAUUCUGGCUAUUAGAUUAUAUGGAGUGGGAGGGUAUUAAGGUUGAUGAUGGCACAUUUGCUCCGCUUUUGACGUUGCUUGAUGAUGCUGAUUUUUACAAGUUAACAAUGCAAAUUCAUUGUAAAAUUGUAAAACAUGGGCUGGUAUUUCAUAAUACUGUGUGCAAUGCCUUAAUCACUUCAUAUUCAGAGUGUGGGUCUAUAGAAGAUGCCAAAAGAGUGUUUGAUGGUGCUGUUGAUACCCGAGAUUUGGUGACAUGGAAUUCCUUGCUUGCUGCUUACCUUGUACACAAUAAAGAAGCAAUCGCAUUUGAGCUCUUCAUGGAUAUGCAAGGGUUUGGACUUGAACCAGACAUCUAUACUUACACUAGUGUUGUUAGUGCUUGUUUUGAUGAAGCACAUAAAAGCCAUGGGAAAUCCUUGCAUGGAUUGGUAAUAAAAAGGGGAUUGGAAAAAUCAGUACCAAUAUCUAAUGCAUUAAUAUCUAUGUAUCUCAAGUCUAAUAACAGAUGCAUGGAAGAUGCGCUGCUCAUUUUUGACACGAUGGAGUUGAAGGACCGUGUUUCAUGGAACUCAAUUUUGACUGGAUUUUCACAACUUGGGUUCAGUGAAGAUGCUGUGAAAUUCUUUGGACAUAUGAGAUCUGUGGUAGAAGACAUUGAUCACUAUGCCUUUUCUGCUGUCCUUAGAUCUUGCUCAGAUAUAGCAACCCUACAAUUAGGUCAACAGGUUCAUGUCUUGGCACUUAAAUCAGGUUUUGAGUCCAAUGAAUUUGUUGCCAGCUCAUUAAUCUUCAUGUAUUCCAAAUGUGGGAUAAUUGAAGAUGCUAGGAAAUCCUUUGAAGACACCCCCAAAGACAGCUCAAUCACUUGGAAUUCGAUAAUUUUUGGAUAUGCACAACAUGGGAAGGGAAACAUUGCGCUUGAACUCUUCUACCUAAUGAGAGAGAGGAGGGUGAAACCUGAUCAUAUAACUUUUGUUGCAAUUCUAACUGCAUGUAGCCAUUUUGGUUUGGUUGAAGAAGGAUGCAAGUUUCUAGAAUGUAUGGAAUCAGAAUAUGGAAUUCCAAUGCGAAUGGAACAUUAUGCAUGUGGAGUCGAUCUAUAUGGGCGGGCUGGGCGUCUAGGUCGGGCAAAAUCUUUGAUUAAGACAAUGCCUUUUGAACCUGAUGCUAUGGUGUGGAAGACUUUACUUGGUGCUUGUAGGACUUGUGGAGACAUUGAAUUAGCUAGUAAGGUGGCAAGCAUUCUACUUGAUCUAGAGCCUGAAGAGCAUUGCACUUAUAUAAUCCUCUCUGACAUGUAUGGGCGUCUUAGGCAAUGGGAUGAAAAGGCUAAGGUGACAAGGCUUAUGAGGGAAAGAGGGGUGAAAAAGGUCCCUGGUUGGAGUUGGAUAGAAGUUCAUAAUAAGGUGCAUGCUUUCAAUGCAGAAGAUCAUUCCCACUCCCAUUGUGAAGAGAUAUACCUUGUAUUGGGAGGAUUAAUGGAUGAAAUCAAAAGGUUAAAUUCUGUAACUAAUUUCAAGUUUUCGAGGCAUGAUUUGGAUCAUGGAUCAGUGUGUGAUUUAAGGCUCUGAUGCUUAUUUAAACCAUAUUGUUUGAAUUGUCUGUUGCACGCAAUGGUGGGUAAAUUGUCUUUCUGAAGCUUCCAAUUCGUGCUUUAUAUGGGAAAAAAUUAAUUCAGGUUCAAACAAAUAUAAUAUUUUAUUAUACUUCAGAGAUUUUUGUUCAAUAUUGGAAACUUCUUGUAAUAGUAUUAUCAGCAAUCAAGCUAUUCUAAUGCAUAAACAGUGAUCAACACAUGCAAUGCCUAUCCAUAUAUGUUCUGUGUUGUGAAGGAGGCUUGUUGCUUGCCUGUUUUCCAUCUUCAUUAAGCCCACUGUCUUAUCCAGGUCAUGCCACAUGUGCUCCGUUUUUGGCUGCUGACAAAUAGUGGGAACUAAUAGUGCAAGAUACCAGGGACCUAUAGUGGAAUGCAAAUAAUGCUACCCUUUCAUUGACUGGGAGUCAGAUAGCAUGUUUUUCUUGAAGGACUUCAAACCUUUUGCAGGAAUUGGGGCAUCAGUCUGGCAUACUAAGGGCUGCUACUCAUUAACAAAGAUCUGGCUAUGCUAGGGCUGCAGAUUGGAUAAUGUUAGGUGUGUAGGCCUGAGUUUGUACAGGGCAUCUCUUGCUAGUAUUGCUUAGUUGUUUGCUGUGGCUUAGAUAACCUAUACAGCAGAGUUAUGUCCCUAAUGGGCUGUGGACAAGAUGUUUGCCUUGAAUAUCGGUAUUUAAAGUAUGAAUCAUUGCGGGUGUGUGGCAGGUGUAGCAUAGUGCAGGGAUGCUGUCAUCCUUUGAGAAUUUGCUGUUGUUUAGCUUAGGAUUUGUACUUUUCGACUGGCUGAGCCAUUGUGUAUUAAGUUGGGGUGUGCACAGUUGUACUCUAUUGUCCCUUGGUUGUAUGGUCUACUAGACCUUUGUGUUUGCAAUAAAA